UUGUCUGUCUGGAAAAUGCAUAAAUUUGCAAGACAUGGGCGGGUGCAUCGCUUUCUUGCAAAAAACGAAUUUUUAAUAAAACAAUUGUUGGGUUCUGAGUUGCAUGUAAAUUGCGUGCGUAUAAAUAGCCGUGGCCCGAGCAAUGCCAGAGAAUAAAAGAGUGUGAGGGAGCUCAGAACAAGAGAAGAGUCCAGUGAUGAACCAAUCUAUUUCGAGUUGCACCAGUCUCUUAUUGGAUACCGAUAUGCCAGAAGCAGAGUCAUCAGGGACCAUAGAGGUCAAACAUAAGAAGUUCUCCACAGGUUCCCUGAGUGGUGCACCAGAUGUGUCCCGGCCAAAGAUGGUGACAGUGAAGCAUCCAGAGUCAAAUAAGCCAAAGCCAACUGUGAAGAAGAACAAGCCAGUCCAUGCUGACCUGGAUGUGAUUAAAGAGUUCAUAAGAUGCAAGGAGGAUGGUGUCAAGAGGUUGGACUUGAGCAAGUCCAAUAUAACAUCAAUACCAGCAACAGUGAGAGAUUUAACACAUUUAUCUGAGCUCUAUUUGUAUGGUAAUAAAAUAGUAUCACUUCCUUCUGAGAUUGGCUGUUUAGUUAACUUGCAUACACUUGGGCUGAGUGAGAACUCUCUGACUAGUUUACCAGACUCAUUGGAAAGUCUGAGAUUGCUUAGGUUGCUUGAUUUGAGGCAUAACAAAUUGAAUGAUAUACCUGAUGUGAUUUACAAGCUUAGCUUGACUACACUGUUUUUAAGGUUCAACAGAAUCCGAUAUGUAGGUGACGAAAUUAGAAGACUGACGUCCUUAACUAUGCUCAGUUUACGCGAGAAUAAAAUCAAGGAGCUGCCGUCGGGUAUUGGGAAAUUAGUUAAUUUAAUAACUUUCGACGUGUCUCACAACCACUUGGAGCAUUUACCUGACGAACUGGGUUUUUGUAUUAACUUAUCAACACUAGAUUUGCAACACAAUGAGUUACUUGAUAUCCCAGAAAGUAUAGGACAGUUGCAGCAGUUGACCAGACUAGGUUUAAGGUAUAACCGAUUAUCCACUGUUCCCUCCUCUCUAAGCAAUUGCAAGAACAUGGACGAUUUUAAUGUCGAGGGAAAUGCGAUUAACCUUUUACCCGAAGGAUUGCUAUCUAGUCUAGGUAAUCUGAGGAGCAUCACGUUGUCCAGAAAUAAUUUCACCAGUUACCCAACCGGCGGACCUUGCCAAUUCGACAACGUCGAUUCCAUCAAUCUGGAACACAACCAGAUUUCGAAAAUACCAUACGGCAUCUUCACCAGGGCGAAGAAUCUGACGAAGCUGAACAUGAAGGAGAAUCAGUUGACAACGCUGCCGAUCGAUGUGUGCACUUGGGUCAAUAUGGUUGAACUCAAUCUGGGCACGAAUCAGCUGGCCAAACUACCGGAUAACAUUCAGUGUUUACAGAGCCUUGAGGUACUAGUCUUAUCUAAUAACCUUCUAAGGCGCAUCCCUCCGAUGAUCGGCCACCUUAGGAAACUCAGGGUGCUAGAUCUGGAAGAGAACAGGCUGGAGCAGCUGCCAAAAGAGAUCGGCAUGCUGAAAGAGCUGCAGCGAUUGGUGCUGCAGUCAAAUCAAUUGAAUUGCCUUCCUAGGGCGAUAGGUCAUCUGUCGAAUUUGGUAUACCUGAGUGUUGGAGAGAAUAACCUCUCAUUCGUGCCGGUUGAAAUUGGAACGUUGGAGAACCUGGAGAGCAUCUACCUAAACGAUAAUCCUUCCUUGCAUAAUUUGCCCUUUGAGUUGGCCCUAUGCCGAAGUUUACAGAUCAUGAGCAUCGAGAACUGCCCGCUAACCCAAAUACCUUCAGAAAUUGUGAUCGGGGGACCCUCGAUGGUCAUACAAUACCUGAAAAUGCAAGGUCCCUAUCGUGCCAUGUGAUUUAACUAACUGUCCAAACAAAAAUGAAACUAGAAGCUGAGAACAGACGUGUGAUUGUUAAAAGAAAGCAAAAUAUAAUAAUAACGAGAUGAAAAAAAGAUAUAUAUAUAGCGUGCAUUAGCUGUUAUUUUCUCGAUUUCAAUAAAUUUCCCAAUGUUUGCCAUUUUUAUAUAUAAAUAUAUUUUAAAUGAAGAAAUCAUUUAUAAUAUCUAAAACCAACCGAAAGUAUUUAAUAAGAGUAUAUCAACGUGUUUCUGAAAUGUAUUAUUAUCAAAAGAUAGAAAAAAAAGUUGGGAAACCAGUAUUAAUAUACAUAUAUUUUUUUAAAUAGCAAAGACUGUGUUAAUCGAACAUCACAAGCGAUCGGAGCAAGCAUUGCGGAAAUAGUUUAUUCAUUUGUUUGAACAUUGUUUUUAAGCACUCUCUCUAUAUAUAUAUACAUACAUAAAAUCGUUUUAUUUUUUAAUGUUCUUUGUUUAAGUGCGCAUAGAGAACCCCGAAAAAAAAAACAGUUAUUUAAUUAUUUCGUUGAGUUUGAAAUGUAAUUUAUAAUCAAAAGUAUAUUGCAACGAUUUGUUUAUCUAGUCUGGAAUUAUGUAAAAUGUGUUAUUAAAUUAUGUAUUGUGGGCGGUGAAGAUUCUUUAUUUGUUAAUUGGUUUGAGGUUUUUAUUCUUUUGUGUAAUCGAGAAGGAGAACCGCUGUUUUUCGUUUUUGUUUCCUAGGAUUAGCUGAUAACUUGCUUCAUUACUGGAGUGCAUUUGUCUGUACUUUGUUAUAUAUAUAUACAUACACAUAUAUAAAUGAGUGGUGUUUCAUUCUUGCAGAAGAGCAUCUGUUUUUUUGUUUGUUUUUUGUAUAGUAAUGGCAUGUUGUUUAGAAGAAACGUUGUUGAAACAUUUACGGUUGAUAUAGGUGAAGCAUUUUUCAAACAAUUGUUAAAGUCGUCGCGACGGAGGAUAUGGGGGUGGCAGAAAUAUUAAAUGUGCUAAAUGUUAUAUUGUAAUGAUAUUUAUAUAAUAUAUACACGAUGUAAAAUUGUAUAAGUAUAUUCGAUGCUUUAGAGGAGAGAUCUCGAGCGACUCUUGUGUACUUUCGAUUUCGAGUUAUUAUACUUUGCGUUUACUUACUUACGUUCGAUGUGCGUUUCCGUUUUCCUUCUAUUACAUUUGUGAAGUAUAUAAAUAUACUAUAUAUUUUUAAUGCCAGAUUUAUUACUGUGUAUGCCAUCUAUGUGGUUCACUGUUACGAAUAAUAAAGUA